AAUAUGUAAUUGAAUGUCAACCUCAGUAUGUGAGGGCUUGAUGCAUGACAAAACGUUAUUCAACUCAAAGGGUCGGGUAUUUGAAUAAGUAAAAUUAUACUCUCAUAUACUAUGGACUCUGACUCAUGCUUCAGUCUCUACUUUUCCUUUGCUGAAUCUUUCUCACUUGUUUCGCUUGGGAACCAAUCAGAAAAGCACAUGCUCUUUUAAUCUUCUUCUGACUUGAAAUAUUGAUUUUWAUUAAGAUAUAAACAGUCAUUAUCAGCGCCUCUUGGAUAUUUGUGCAUUGUUAUAAACCUAGAGUGGGCGGUUUGGAUACUAACAAGAUAAACAAAAGGAACAUCUAACAGUAAAAUCAUCCAGAUCAGGAAAAAAAUGGGAUAUCGUUCGCCACGCGGUAUCGUAGCUAUCACAUUGUUACUUAUCGUAUGGCAGUGGGAGAGUAUAUUUACUACUGAAAUCGGUGACUGUUCCUGCUAUUCAUUCCACAAAAUUCCAAGGAAUUGGGAAGAUAGCAAUAAGAUUUGUCAAGAUAAUAACGGAACAUUGGUAUCCAUGGAAACAGAAGAGGAGUAUCAGUUUAUCAACAAGACGAUACAAAGUCUAGAUGUAGGAAAUAACGAGUGGUAUAUUGGUUUGAAGAGAAUAUCAGGAACUUACUACUGGCAGUGGAUAAGUGGACAUGACAUGACCAUUGAUAAAUGGAUGCCUCACGAACCAGAUGGAAGUGGAGAUUGUGUUAAAGUGAUAAAAUACUAUAAAGGAUGGGGAUUAUUCGACGACAUUGACUGUAGAGCAUUCAGAAUGUUUACAUGUGAAUACAAACAAGCUCAAAAAUGCUCUAAUAUUACGUCUACAAUCAGUGAAAAAAGGUGCUUUUCGAAGAAGAAACAAACAACAACCACAAAAGAGAACGCAAUGACACCAUCUUUUUCACCAACUACAAAAGAAAUUGCUGACUGCUCCUGCUAUUCAUUCCACCAUAUUACGAAGAAUUGGGAAGAUAGCAAUAAGAUUUGCAAAAAGAACGGCGGGAACUUGGUAUCCAUGGAAACAGAAGAGGAAUACCAAUUUAUCAACAAGACGAUACAAAGUCUAAAUCUCAACACUGUCCUAAUAUUACGUCUACAAUCAAUAAAAAAAGAUGUUCUUUGCAGAAGAAACAGAUAACAACCUCGAAAGAGCACAUCGCAACAACACCUUUUUCACCAACUUCAAAAGGUGAGGAUCGAU